AUGGCUGCGGCUUCAGAAGCGCUGGACUUUCAUGAAAGUGCCGACCGGCUUCACACGCUAGGUAAGACUUUCUUGCUAUGUUUUCUUUGUUGUUUUACUUGGAAUAUGAAUUGUUUAUCUUCUAUAACACGGUUCUGCUUGGGUAUAGUGAAAUUGAUUGUUUAAAAGCUCAAUAAUAACUUUAAAAUUUAACAUUGACUUUAUUUCAGAGCACGAUGCAUUAAAUGCGGUGAUCAGAGCGUUCAGAGCACAAGGUCCCUUAACUUUGUAUAAAGAGGUGUUGCUUGAUCACUUGCGUUCAGCUUUAUUGUAAGUUAAUUUAAGUUAUUUUCUUAUGCUUUUAGUGUAUCUCAUGAUGAUUGUUCUCAAAUGACUUACAAUGCAAUUCACGAUGGAAACUUAAGUGCAGUUUGUCAAUGGUAAGUUAUGGUACAUAUUAUUGUCUGCAAAGCUUUUCUGAACUUAAUCUUUUGAAAAGCUUAAAAUCUGAUGUAAACUAUUUCUUCUACUGUUUCUUUAAUUCAACCUAUAAUUACUUGUCUUUAUUACAGCCUAAAUCCAUCGUACAACUCAUCUUUGUCUUGGGUAAGGACAUCAGUACCAUUCUUCUCAAAUGACUUUAAAAAUCAAUUGAAAAGGAUUCCACAUAGUGUCACUGACUUUGCAGCAUCUUCUAUUGAUAACAAGGACAAAGUUGAACGAUACUACAAUUCGUUUUGUAAUAAACAAAGAGUGGCAACUGCUAAAUUGAUCUCAUUACCUUCAAAAGUUUUUGGUAUGUUUCGAUUUGUUCAUUUUUGUUUGUUUUUAGAUUUUUUAAAGUUCUUUAUAAAAAAUUAAGUUAAUGUAGGCUUUUAAAUACACUUUUUGAUCUUUUUUAUUAUACUGAAUAAUAAAACCCUCAUUUUAGUCCCAGAACGACUACGAGAAGUAUUACGAGCCACAGAGUCUUCAUCUCGUGUUUCAUGGACAGCACAAUCAACUCAAACUUCAUCACAUGAUCUUCCGUCUACUUCAAUGUCCUCUUUAUCAAGACCACCAAUUCAGAAAUUGGAUGGUGUCAGGAAGAAUACCUUGAAAAGAAACCGAACUCCAGAUGAAUACCUGAAAGGGCUGGCACCUUUUGACAAAUUUAUCAAAAAAGAAUUGGGAAUACCUGAUCUACCUAAAAUAGAUUCACCGCUAUGUCCUGCAGAAGUCUACAAAGAAUUGAGGCCGUAUGUUGGGGAAUUGUAUCCAAGUAGAAGUGGCACAUUUGACUUAAUUGAAGAGGAACGUGAAGAUGAUUUGAAAAUAAAGAAAGGAAUGGAAGUAAUGAGGAAAAGAGAUGGUAAUAUGGCAGUGAAUGGUAGUAGGAAAGGCCGUCAACAGAUAAAAGGUGAUUCAGAAGGUUUAAAAACAAAAAAUAAGGAUUCUGGAAGGUCAAGUGAUGUUUCGGAUGGUUCAACAAUGAAUAAUAAAGAUUUAGAAGGCCAAGAAAGGAAUGAUGUGUGUACAGAAGGUCGAAGUUACGUUAACAGUGAUUCAGAAGAUUUAGAACAGAAUAUAAUGGAUUCAGAAGGCUUUAAGAAGAGCAAUAUUGCUUCAGAACGUCUAAAGCCAGACAAAAAGAAUUCAGAAGGUCAAUGUACAAGUAACGGGGAUUCAGAAGACCUAAAGCAGUACUGCAUGGAUUCAGAAGGCCUUGAGCAAACAAAAAUAGAUUCUGAAGGCGUAAAACAGGACGUCAAGGAGUCAGGAGAAGCAAAACAGAGUAACGGUGAUUCAGAAAUUUUAAAAACGAAAAGAAUGGAUUAUGGAAGACCUGAGGAUGUCUCAAAUGGUUCUACAACGAAUAAUACUGUUUCAGAAGGUCUAAAGCAAAACAAAAACGACUCAGAUGGUCAAGGGUUGAGUAAUGAGGAUUUGGAAGAUCUGAAACUGAAUGGCAUGGAUUCAGAAGACUUAAAACAGAAUGAAGGUGUUUCAGAAGCUUUAAGAACGAUGUAUACGGAUUCAGAAGAAUUAACUCAGAAUAACGGAAAUUCAGAAGCGACAGAUACGGAUGCUGGAAAGCCAGAUGAUGUUUCAAAUGGUUCUACAACGAAUAAUAAGGAUUCUGAAGAUCAAAAUUUGAUUAAUGGUGUUUCAGAAGAUUUGAAACAGAAUGUCAUGGAUUCAGAAGGUUUAAAACAGAAUAAAGGCAAUUCAGAAACUUUAAAAACGAAAUGUAUGGAGUCUGGUACAUCAGAUGACGCUUCAAACGGUUCUACAACGAAUAAUAUGGAUUCAGAAUUUCAAGCAAAGAAUAAUGAAUGUUCAAGAGGUCAAAGCUCAAUUAAGGCUGACUCAGAAGACUUAAAGCAGGAUAACAUGGAUGGUGAAGGCCUCAAGCAAAGUAAUGUAGAUUUAGAAGGCUUUGAACAGGAUAAUAUGGAUUCAGAAGGCUUGGAACGGCAUAGAAUGGAUACAAAAGGCUUAGAACAGAAUAACAGUGAUUCAGAAGCUUUAAAUACGAAACAUACGGAUUCAGAAAGGUCCAGUGCUCAAAAUGGUCAUUUAUUUAUCUUCAGGUGA